GGGCUGCACAUCUCGGGAAGAUGGCAGGUUGAAUCGCUUGCUGUCCGGUUAGCUGGAGUCUGGAUUCGGUAUCAGCGGAGUUAUCCCCCACCCUCCGCUGGCACCCCGAAGAUGUUGAGGCAGCUUGGGCGCCCUUUAUGCGCCCUCGCCGGGGCAACGGCAGGCUCCAGCGGAACCAAAAUUUUCACAGCUGGCUUCAAGAAGUAUAAGCUUCCUGUGGAUUACAGUGGCAUCACUAUUCCUGAGAAACCAAAACUGAAAUAUAUCGAGAGAACUCCAACUGUACUGAAGGUCAGGCGAGAGUUCAAGAAUUUACGUGACAUCCGCGGUCCAUCUGUUGAAGCCACAGAAUUCACUGAGGGGCAUUAUGGUAUCUUGGCAUUGGCUGGUGGCUAUCUCCGUUGGGGCCACUUUGAAAUGAUGCGUUUGACUAUCAAUCGGAAACUGAAUCCCAAAACAAUGUUUGCUGUGUGGAGAGUCCCUGCUCCUUACAAGCCCAUCACCCGCAAAGGGCUGGGACACCGCAUGGGCGGUGGGAAAGGGGCAAUAGACCAUUAUGUGACAGCGGUGAAGGCUGGCCGUCUUAUAGUGGAGGUGGGUGGCCACUGUGAAUUUGGCGAAGUGAAGCGUUUUUUAAUUCAGGUGGCCCAGAAGUUGCCUUUCCCAGCUGAAGUGGUCAGCCGGGAAUCCCUACAGGGAAUGCGGGAGAUGGAAGAGGAGAGGCGGCUUAACAACCAGAACCCAUGGACCUUUGAGCGCAUUGUAACAGCCAACAUGCUUGGGAUAAGGAAAUAUGUGAGCCCCUAUGACUUGGAGUUUAAAGGUCGCUACUGGGGAAAGUUCUAUCUGCCUGAGAGAGUAUAAAUAUGGAGUUGUGUGGCCUUUGGCUCUGGAGCACCAACAUGUCCGAAGCUCGCUGUUGCAUUCCUGGACUGCAGCCCUGUGAGUAAUGCAUGGUAAAUACCCAUUAAGCAAUGGGUGGCUGCACCAUGGAGCGCUGCACUUGGAAAUCAGAUAAAUCUAGAGGGCGAUAGGAGUGAUUGUAAGUACACAAAUUUUGGAUGAAUAAAACUAGCUGAUUUCUAGUAAA